AUGAAGUGCACCUACAUCCUCCCGCUCAUCGCCGCCACCCUAGUCGCCUCUUCAGUCCUACCAAGCAGAGACCUGACCGAAAGACAAUUAAAAAAGUGCAAAACCUUCCAAAUCUUCAGAGACCCGGACGCCAUCACCGGAGGCAGCCCCAAUUUCGUAGGCACACCGCAAUGCUGCUGCCAAAACGAGCAGUGCCACGUCAUUGACCGGGUCAACGGCAUCAACACCUCGGCGAACUUGAACGAUUUCCUCGCGGGCACUUUCACUAUAGAGGAUGCUCGCAGUCAAGCUAAGGGGACGCCUGGAUCGAAUGAUAUCCGGGGGGCUACGUAUACUGUUGGAGCGCAGGGUGACUGUAGCAAGUGA